UGCCUAUUUUGAAAAUUUGACGUAGUUGACAAGUUGACAUUGACAGAUUAUCAAAUAUUGAUUUUUGAAGAUGUUUGAAGUCGCCAUUUUGUUGUAAUAUUUUUACAUAGCAAAAAGUAUAGAUUUAAAAGCUACCCACUAUCUGCGAAUUGUUAUUAAUAAUAAAUCCGUUAUUCAGCAAGUGCUGAAAGAUUACAUAAACACAACAUGGAGAUUCCACGAACACACGAAGAUAUCGAAGCUCAAAUUCGGGAUUUACAAAGCAAACGAAAAGAAAUCGUGGUCGAGGAUUCUAAAGGGGUGGGUUUGGGAGAAAGUGGAUAUUUCGAUAGUGAAAUUUACGAAGGAAGUGAUAAGAAAUAUGAAGGCUACGUAACAUCCAUUGCUGCAAAUGAUGAAGUCGAAGAAGAUGAAGAGGACGUUGGGUUUCCACAAAAACGUGCCGGAUUAGGAGGCCCAGUUGCUUUGCUUAACGAUAUUGCACAAAGUGAAAAAGAUUAUGAUCCCUUUGCUGACCGCAGAAGGCCUACUAUUGCCGACAGAGAAGAUGAAUAUCGACAGAAGAGAAGAAGGAUGCUAAUUUCACCAGAACGUGUGGAUCCAUUUGCAGAAGGUGGCAAAACACCAGAUGUAAAUGCCAGAGGCUACACACAGAUUAUGAAAGAAACUUUUCUAAAAAGUGAAGAAAAUGAGAUAAGAAAGAAAAUUUUGGAAAAAGCAAAAGAUGGCAGUUUGAAAGUGCAGAACGGUGAUUCAAAAGCCAAUCAAAAAAAGAGAGGCAGAUGGGAUCAAACAGUUGAAGAGUCUUUUGUACCGGCAAAGAAAAAGACAUUGUCAGUUGCAACAAAUAGUGCUACUGCAACUCCUGUUUGGGAAGGUGAUUGUCGAGAAACCCCAGCCCACGACAAAGCCUCUUCGAGAAGGAACCGUUGGGACGAAACUCCCAAAACCGAAAGAGACACUCCGGGUCAUUCGAGCGGUUGGGCCGAGACUCCUAGAACAGAUAGAACAGGCGCCGACCUUAUCCAGGAAACCCCAACUCCCGGAGCCUCGAAGCGUCGAUCGCGAUGGGACGAGACACCGUCCGCGGCCACGCCCUCGCAAGCCGCCAUGACCCCCGGCGCUAUGACGCCUCAGACGCCCCACGGUACCCCGGGCCACGCCACGCCAAUGUUAACUCCAGGGGGCUCCACGCCUGUUGGUACUAAAGCCAUGGCCAUGUCCACGCCGACUCCGGGACACUUGGCCUCGAUGACACCGGAGCAACUUCAAGCUUACCGUUGGGAGAGGGAAAUCGAUGAAAGGAAUCGUCCCUAUUCUGACGAGGAACUCGACGCUAUGUUCCCUCAAGGUUAUAAGGUUUUACCACCUCCUGCUGGAUAUAUUCCGAUACGUACACCCGCUAGGAAACUGACAGCGACACCGACGCCUCUUGCGGGUCAAACACCAGUUGGAUUUUUCAUACAGCAAGAAGAUAAAAGCGCAAAAUACCUCGAUAACCAACCGAAAGGUCAAAAUUUACCGUUCAUGAAACCGGAAGACGCUCAGUACUUUGACAAGCUCCUGGUUGACGUAGACGAAGAGGCUUUGAGUCCAGAAGAACAGAAAGAACGAAAAAUUAUGAAGCUAUUGUUGAAAAUCAAGAACGGCACGCCUCCGAUGCGGAAAGCCGCGUUGAGGCAGAUAACAGACAAAGCUAGAGAGUUUGGCGCUGGGCCUCUGUUCAAUCAAAUCCUCCCGUUGCUUAUGAGUCCCACCCUGGAAGACCAGGAACGCCAUCUGUUGGUGAAAGUAAUCGACCGGAUUCUUUACAAGCUGGACGACCUGGUGCGCCCGUAUGUACACAAAAUUCUUGUUGUUAUCGAGCCGCUGCUUAUCGACGAAGAUUACUAUGCCCGUGUUGAAGGCCGAGAAAUCAUUUCGAAUUUGGCCAAGGCCGCUGGGUUGGCGACGAUGAUAUCUACGAUGAGACCUGAUAUCGAUAAUAUCGAUGAGUACGUAAGAAACACCACUGCUAGAGCGUUUGCGGUAGUCGCCUCGGCUUUAGGUAUCCCAUCUCUAUUACCUUUCUUGAAAGCUGUCUGUCGUUCAAAGAAGUCUUGGCAGGCGCGACACACCGGUAUUAAAAUUGUUCAACAAAUCGCUAUUUUAAUGGGUUGCGCCAUUUUGCCCCAUCUAAGAUCUUUAGUUGAAAUCAUCGAGCACGGUUUAGUUGACGAGCAGCAAAAAGUAAGGACAAUCACAGCUCUGGGUAUUGCUGCCUUGGCCGAAGCCGCUACACCUUACGGUAUCGAGAACUUUGAUUCCGUCUUGAAACCGCUAUGGAAAGGUAUUAGAACUCAUCGUGGUAAAGGUUUGGCCGCUUUCUUGAAAGCUAUCGGUUAUUUGAUCCCUCUUAUGGACGCCGAAUACGCCAACUACUAUACCAGAGAAGUAAUGUUGAUUUUAAUUAGAGAGUUUCAGUCUCCCGACGAAGAAAUGAAGAAGAUUGUAUUAAAAGUUGUGAAACAGUGUUGCUCCACCGACGGUGUGGAAGCACAGUACAUUAAAGAAGAGAUUUUGCCACAGUUCUUCAAGCAUUUUUGGAACCACCGUAUGGCUUUGGACAGAAGAAAUUAUAGGCAAUUGGUCGAUACCACGGUAGAGAUUGCUAACAAAGUCGGGGCAUCAGAGAUAAUCAAUAGAAUUGUAGAUGACUUGAAAGAUGAAAACGAAGCUUACAGAAAAAUGGUUAUGGAGAGUAUUGAAAAAAUUAUGGGAAAUUUAGGCGCUGCCGACAUCGAUUCGCGACUGGAGGAACAACUUAUAGAUGGUAUUUUAUAUGCUUUCCAAGAACAGACAACAGAAGAUGUAGUAAUGCUUAACGGUUUCGGUACUAUAGUAAAUCAGUUGGGGAAAAGAGUCAAACCAUACUUACCUCAAAUCUGUGGUACCAUUUUGUGGAGAUUAAAUAACAAAUCGGCCAAAGUGCGCCAACAAGCAGCCGACUUAAUUUCUAGGAUAGCAGUCGUGAUGAAGACUUGUCAAGAGGAAAAACUUAUGGGACAUUUAGGUGUAGUACUUUAUGAAUAUUUGGGAGAAGAAUAUCCUGAGGUACUGGGAUCAAUUCUUGGUGCAUUAAAAGCUAUCGUGAAUGUUAUAGGAAUGACAAAGAUGACACCGCCAAUAAAAGAUUUACUUCCCCGAUUGACGCCAAUUUUGAAAAAUCGACACGAAAAGGUGCAAGAAAACUGCAUAGAUUUGGUGGGCCGUAUCGCCGAUAGGGGUCCCGAAUACGUAUCCGCAAGGGAAUGGAUGAGAAUUUGCUUCGAACUGUUAGAACUGCUCAAGGCGCAUAAAAAGGCUAUUCGGCGAGCCACCGUCAACACAUUCGGUUACAUAGCCAAAGCGAUAGGUCCUCAUGACGUGCUGGCCACUCUGUUGAACAAUUUGAAAGUACAGGAACGUCAAAAUCGGGUUUGUACUACUGUGGCCAUAGCCAUCGUCGCGGAAACCUGCUCGCCCUUUACAGUAUUACCGGCUUUGAUGAACGAAUACAGAGUUCCGGAAUUGAACGUACAAAAUGGAGUGUUGAAGUCGCUUUCCUUCUUAUUCGAGUAUAUCGGAGAAAUGGGUAAAGAUUACAUAUACGCUGUUGUUCCUCUGUUAGAAGAUGCAUUGAUGGACAGAGAUUUAGUUCACAGACAGACCGCUUGUGCGGCUAUCAAACACAUGGCUCUCGGUGUGUAUGGAUUCGGAUGCGAGGAUGCCCUUGUGCACCUACUAAAUUACGUGUGGCCAAAUAUAUUUGAAACAUCUCCGCAUCUCGUCCAAGCCUUUAUGGACGCGAUAGAAGGGAUGAGAGUUGCCCUUGGACCCAUUAAAAUAUUGCAGUACACUUUACAGGUAUUUCUUUAUGUUUUGACAUCGAAAAAGGAUGUGUAUUGGAAAAUUUACAAUUCCUUAUAUAUUGGAGGACAGGAUGCUUUGGUAGCCGGAUAUCCUCGAAUUGCUAAUGAUCCGAAGAAUCAAUAUAUUAGAUACGAACUAGAUUAUGUGUUGUAAAUGUUUUGUUAAUAUUGAAAAUUAUAACGUGUUUUAUUAUUUAAUUUGUUUGAAGAUAGUACCAAUGUAUUUUAAACUUUUUAAUUUCAUCAGUAGAAUAAAAUCGUCGCUAAGG